GAUCUUUGACGGUUGCUUCCUUCUCCAAAACUCUGUUCACUAUUGCAUCCUUCUCUCUCUCUCUCUCCCUCUUCUAGGCACAUUUUCUCUCAGUGAAAUAAUGAGAAUGUAUCAUGUUGUAACAUAAAAGCAAGCUUCGUUUCAGUUCAACGUCCACAUUAUUACGACCCGUAUUUCUCGUGUUUCUGGCUUUGGAUUACUCGUGAUUUCCUUUUUCCUACAACCACAAGUAUAUCAUCUACACACGAGAGAGAGACAGAGAUUGAUCUAUAGAUUUGUUGUUGUUGUUGAUGUUGUGAUGGUACAUGGAAAUGGAAGAAGAGAUGAGGAUACAAAUGGAAUUAGAGUUGAGGAGGAGGAGGAGGAGGAGGAGUAUGAGGUGGAUGAUGUCAAUGAUCGAAUGGAGUCGUCGCGUGGAAGUCGAUUCAAUUUGCUCAAUAGAGAAUUGGAGCUCGACUACGCCCGGAGGAUAUUCAGCAGAGAAAAUGUCAUCAAGGGUAUUAAGGACCUUUCCAAAGGUCUCGCCAUUCAUCCUGACAACAGGUGGUACCGUGCAUGGACGAAGUUCAUUCUGGUGUGGGCAGUGUACUCAUCUUUCUUCACACCCAUGGAGUUCGGGUUCUUCAGGGGAAUGCCCAGUAAGCUUUUCUUAUGGGACAUCGCGGGUCAAGUUGCUUUCCUUGUAGACAUUGUCCUCCAAUUCUUCGUCGCUUACAGAGAUAGUCAGACCUACAAAAUGGUCUAUAAGCGCACCCCAAUAGCUCUUCGGUACCUGAAAUCUAAUUUUGUCUUCGAUCUUCUUUCUUGCAUGCCUUGGGAUGUUAUCUAUAAGGCUUGUGGAAAUAAAGAAGAAGUGAGGUACCUUUUGUGGAUCAGGUUAAGUCGGGUUCGCAAAGUCAUUGAUUUUUUUCAGAACAUGGAGAAGGAUAUACGGAUCAAUUAUCAGUUUACUAGGAUUGUCAAGCUUAUUGCGGUUGAACUCUAUUGCACACAUACUGCAGCCUGCAUAUUUUAUUAUUUGGCUACCACUCUUCCCGCGGAGCAAGAAGGGUAUACAUGGAUUGGGAGUUUAAAAAUGGGUGACUACAGUUAUUCACACUUCAGACAAAUUGAUUUGUGGACGCGGUACACAACAUCCCUAUAUUUUGCCAUUGUCACCAUGGCAACAGUUGGUUAUGGAGAUAUACAUGCAGUCAAUCUGAGGGAAAUGAUAUUCAUAAUGAUAUAUGUCUCUUUUGACAUGAUUCUUGGUGCUUAUUUGAUUGGUAACAUGACUGCAUUAAUUGUGAAAGGAUCAAAGACAGAAAGGUUCAGGGAUAAAAUGGCAGAUCUCAUGAAAUAUAUGAACAGAAAUAGACUUGGAAGGGACAUCCGCAAUCAGAUCAAAGGUCACUUGCGGUUACAGUAUGAAAGCAGCUAUACUGAAACUUCUGUCCUUCAGGAUAUGCCCAUCUCCAUUCGUGCUAAGAUUUCCCAAACUUUAUACAAGCCAUACGUUGAAAAUGUCCCUCUUUUCAAAGGAUGCUCUACAGAAUUCAUCAAUCAGAUUGUAAUCAGAGUCCAUGAGGAGUUUUUUCUCCCAGGAGAAGUGAUAAUGGAACAGGGAAAUGUGGUAGAUCAACUUUAUUUUGUCUGUCAUGGUAUGCUGGAGGAGGUUGGUAUAGGGGCAGAUGGAUCAGAAGAGACUGUUUCUAAUUUGGAACCUAACCAUUUAUUUGGUGAAAUUUCUAUUCUUUGCAACAUACCUCAGCCUUAUACUGUUCGAGUUUGCGAGCUAUGUAGGCUUCUGCGCCUUGAUAAACAAUCAUUCUCAAAUAUCCUUGACAUAUAUUUUCAUGAUGGGCGAAGAAUCUUGAUCAACCUUCUGGAGGGAAAAGAAUCAAAUGUUCGUGUGAAGCAAUUGGAAUCGGAUAUCACAUUUCAUAUUGGAAAGCAAGAAGCUGAACUUGCUUUAAGAGUUAAUAGUGCAGCUUAUCAUGGAGAUUUGCAUCAACUCAAAAGUUUGAUCCGAGCUGAAGCUGAUCCCAAGAAGACAGAUUAUGAUGGAAGAUCACCAUUGCAUCUUGCUGCAUCAAGAGGAUAUGAAGAUAUAACACUCUUCCUUAUUCAAGAAGGUGUAGACGUCAACAUUUCAGAUAAGUUUGGAAACACACCCUUACUAGAAGCCCUCAAGAAUGGUCAUGAUAGAGUUGCUUCUAUACUAGUUAAAGAAGGAGCUGCAUUAAAGAUUGAUGAUGCUGGUAGUUUCUUAUGUACGGUGGUUACGAACGGGGAUUCAGAUUUUCUCAAGAGGAUAUUAUCCAAUGGAAUUGAUCCAAACUCUAAAGAUUACGAUCACCGAACUCCACUUCAUGUAGCUGCCUCUGAAGGAUUAUAUUUAACAGCGAAGUUGCUUUUGGAAGCUGGGGCUAGUGUUUUUUUGAAGGACAGAUGGGGAAAUAGCCCACUUGAUGAAGCACAAAUAUGUGGAAACAAAAAUUUGAUCAAACUACUGAAAGAUGCAAAAUCAACUCAACUGCCUGAGUUCCCCAACUACUCUCAAGAAAUCACAGAUAGAGUGAAUUUGCGGAAAUGCACAGUGUUCCCUUUCCACCCAUGGGAUCCCAAGGACAAAAGAAAAUAUGGAAUUGUACUAUGGAUUCCACAAACCAUUGAGGAGCUCAUCAAAACAGCAGCCAAGCAGCUAGACUUGCCACGGGGUUCUUGCAUAUUAUCCGAAGAUGCAGGUAAAAUUCUUGAUGUGGGCAUGAUUAGUGAUGGCCAAAAAUUGUACUUAAUCAGUCAGACACAUUAGACAUUAUGAUGCCCUCUUGUAUGCUAUUUUCGUCAUCACUUGGCCUUUGUAUCAUCUUUGUGCUUAGUUUGAGUUGAGAUAUGAAAAGUUUGAUCAGCUUGGGUUUUGUUGCUGCAUUUCAGUCGCAUAUAAAAAUAUUCAACAAUUCUAAUGAAGCUACAAAAAACUGAGGACUUGAGGUUAUUGUUUUGACAUUGACAAAUAUGAGUGUGCAUUAAGGCCGUUUGGUA